GCCGAGCGUUAGGAACAAGUCUCACUAGUCGGAUUUGCAGCCAGAGAGAGAGACGCAUCGAGAGAAUCCAAGCAGGACAGACGAGAAAUGAACUAUCUAAUGACUUGCCACAUCCGAGCACAUUCUCAAACACCCUGCAUCCGAGACCCAUGAAUAAGGAUUGCAAUAUUUUUUUCCCACCCUGGAAAAUCUGGCAAUAAUUUUGUCGGUCUCGGCACAUUUGUAAAUGUGUGUCCAUUUGAUAUGCUUGUUUUUAAUGUGCAUUGAUUAGUUAAUUAUCCGGAUUGCUUGCUGCCCAACAUUUCGAGUGCAUGCGGAAUUAUUGGAAUCUCAGAGGCAAGCAGGAAAAUCCAAUUGGAGAACUAGAAGAGAGAAAGAGAAGCAGUGAGAUCUGUCCAGCAUCAUCAACAUGUUCUUCUGAAGAGGCGAGGAAAAGCUCAUUCCCAAACCAUCAUCCAUCACAUUCCCGUCCUAAUUCAGGGGGGAAACUGAAUGAAGCGGGAGUGAAAAAGGAAUGGGAAAGAUAGGUCCAGUCUGAAAGCCGCUGGAAAAAGCUAAACAAUAUAAGCACCACGAAACAAUACUGGAAAAGUAAACUCUUGCAAGAAAAAUUGCAACAAAACGGCUGUGGGAAUUGAGUUUCGUCCACGAGCUACUUUUCCCUAAAGACAUUUUUUUGUGGAAUUCGCUCCUUAAAAUCCACACAGACUGCACCUUUGUUUAAUCUGUCCUCCCGUGUGUGUGUGUGAGUGUGUGUGUGUGUGUGUGUGUUUUAGUAGAUAUCCAUGCAGGCUCCCAAAACACGUUGUUCCAGAUCACACUGACGGAUUCACCUGAAGCACACACGCUUUGUUCCGAGAGAUCCCCAACCUCUGGGAGAGUAUCCCACACAGCUUUGAUGGGAGUAAAUAGACGGAAUUCGGGAUUUCAAAUGGCGAGUCGGGGUUGUGAAAAUGGAUUGGGAAUUCUCCUGAUAUUCUUAGUGGAUUUACUCGGGAUCACGGCGUCCAACAUGGAGCCCAUCUACUGGAAUUCCUUGAACAAAGGGUUUAGCGAUGAUAAGGGUUAUGUCCUGUACCCUCAAAUCGGGGAUCGUCUGGACCUCAUUUGCCCAGCGUCUGAGCCGCCCGGUCCCCGGUCCCCCGCCGAAUACGAGUACUAUAAACUGUACCUGGUGUCGUCACGGGAUCAGGCAGACAGGUGUGAAGUGACCGGAGCCCCUAACCUGCUUCUCACCUGCGAUAAGCCCAGCAGUGAUAUGCGUUUCACCAUCAAGUUUCAGGAGUACUCGCCCAACCUGUGGGGUCACGAAUUUAAAACCAAUCAGGACUACUUCAUCAUCGCUACAUCAGAUGGGACGCGUCAGGGGCUGGAGAGCAUGAGAGGAGGAGUUUGCGCUACACAGGGCAUGAAGGUGGUGCUGAAAGUGGGACAGAGUCCAUAUGGUCUGCCGGCCAAAUCUCCCAAACCUGACCCCGCGGACCGUAUCAACAGCCUGAAUCCAGGUGCUGGAAACAACACACAUCCCAGAAUUCCCCCUAGAGGUCCUGGUGGAGAAAACGGCCCCCUUCUCCCUUCCAACAUCGCCGUUAUCGCAGGUGCAGCCGGCGGUUCGGCUUUCCUACUGCUCGUAACAGCCGUGAUCUGCGUGGUGUGCUACCGACGACGACACGCCAAGCACUCGGAAUCACACCACCCUCCACUCUCCCUCUCCUCCCUGACCUCGCCCAAACGGGGCUGCGGCGGGGGCGUAGGAGGCGGCAACAACAACGGCUCGGAGCCUAGCGACAUCAUCAUCCCGCUGCGGACUUCUGACUCCGCCUACUGCCCGCACUACGAGAAAGUGAGUGGGGAUUACGGCCAUCCGGUCUACAUCGUACAGGAGAUGCCCCCUCAGAGUCCCGCCAACAUCUACUAUAAAGUAUGAGAACCGGAGGUGACCUUACGAAAACAUCUGCUAAGACCACACCCACCUUAAACGACUACCUAAACCCCGCUCCAAGCCCCGCCCCCACAAUCUGCAUCCCUGUAGAUCAGAUCCUUUUACCUUCACAUGCAUUUCUCCGACACGCUGACCGCUCGAGGUCGAGUGUGUCUGUGUGUGUGUGUGUGUGUGUGUGUGUGUUACCAUUCCUCGCAACUCACCCAACUUCGGCCUUUUGUUAGAGAGAGGUUGUCCUGAUGUGAGGGCCUCCCUCUCUUUGACAUCCCACAUGGGGAAAAGAUCUUAAAGCUAGAGAAGACCUCCUGGAGGGAUUCAGCCAACUGAAAAAAAACAUGAACUCCUUUUUGGGGGGCCAUUCUGGAGCACAAGCAUCAAAACUUUUUCUGAUGUACUUGCAAAAAGACUAUAAACACACAAAAAAGAAAAGAAAACUCAACUUGUCCAAACCUACAAAGACAACAUGUGAACUUUGACUUCGAAUGCUACAUUUACUCACAAAUAGCAAAUAGUCUAGUUUGUGUUAAACUCCUUCGAAAGGGGGAGGGGCCAUCGAUUCAGCCAAUCGUCACACAGGGCUGCAGUCACCUGGUCUAGAACCCAUGUGUUUGAUUGGUGGAGUUGUAGUGGCGUGGAGAAUCUUGUAUAUUUUAAUAACGUGUGUAUUUUGUGAGUGUGUAGGAUAAAUAUUCCAACACUGCUGUCGCACACGUUGCGACCGUCGUGCUUCAGUACAACUCGCGAGUGUUUUUGCGUGCGGAUGAGUGCGUGUUUGAGUACAGUGUUAGUGUGAGCAUGGGAGCGUGUGUUUGUUAGACUGUUUCAAAACCAAAACACAAAAAUAUGAGCGAACAUCAAAAAAAUUUUUUUUA